CUCAUCAAGGCCACUACAUUCUUCGAUUCUCGAAAUCACUCAUGCAUAACCGUCCAGGCGCCAUUUUGUCCGUUUCAAUUAGAAAGAAAGAAGGUACUGUUUCCCUGUAUUAUUGCCUUCCAAUCUCGAAUCUGGCAAUUGAUUUUCAAAAUUAUUUCUCAUUUUGGCGAAAAGGGGGAAAAACUAGAGGUUUUGGGACCUUUCCUUAAAACUCGUGAGCUGAUUGGCUUAUCGCGGCACGCCCACUUGUGACGUCAGAAAAGUAAGAGGCUCGAGAGCUGCAAGCUGCAGCGAUCCUGAAUCACAUUAACAUUGUAAACAAAAUGCGAUAUUUUACACGUCUGUUUAACAGACAAUUUAAGAAAAAAUAAAAUUCAUGAAUAUAGUCUUAGGGAUGAAUAAUCUCUAUCAAUAUAUUUUCUACAAGAUCAGUGAUUACUUUUGCCUAAAUAUACAGCUUUUGUUUGUUUUUUAAACUUUUCUGUGAACAAUGUUCUCAUCAAUCUGAGCUUGCCGAACGAAAGUUUUUCAGUGGUCGUAAACGCGUAAACAGUCGUUUUAUGUAUGAGUACAAUAAUUUUUAGUUCGGCAACUACGUUUCCCUUCGUAAAGCGACUGGAAAACAUGACAACUUCCUCUCACGGCAUUAGUUUUGAGUUUUGGCUUUCGGCGUUUACGUAACUUGUUGAGAAUUACUCUUCGCUUUCAACAUAUUCUUAGCUUUUAACAUUACGAAGAAAGAUGGAUAGUGACCGCGAGUCAGAUUGGGAGGAGUUUUUGGAGCCAGAUACUUACUCUGAUUUAUCAGAUGACGACGAUGGAGAUGGAGAUACAGGUUCAGGAGAUGGCGAAGAAGCUGAAGUGGACAGGCCGGCAAGAGGAAUUCAACCCUACUUGUUUGAACCCCUAGAAGACGCGCCUGAAGGGGCCGCGGAAGCUGCGGGGGCAGCUGCUGCAGCUGCUGGAGACGGCGUGAAUGAAGCAAGAUUGGGAAACAACGAAUGGUGCUCGUGUAACGGUGGCUGUGAACCGAUGCCCACAGUGCGUGAGUCGGUAUGCUGUAAAGAGAUACAGCGAAUUGUUGAGAAGAUGGAUUUGUUCACAGAAGGAGAGUUGGGAUGCAUCACAUCACAUCCAAGAUUUUCAAUGGUUUGUUUGGACCGGUGGGUGCUGGAAACUGCCUCAUACCAGUACAUCCAACAGUAUGGAGGGCGAGCUCGUCGAGACGCUUCUGAAAAUGAGAAAUCGAGGCACAUUGCUUAUCGUCAGCUCGUUCGAUGGUGCUGGCAAUUUUUGGGCAAAAGAGUGCGGGUUCCACUACCUUCCUGUGCAGUGACCAUGAUAAGGAAUACAUUUCUAUCAGAAGUAUACAAAGGUUUUGAGGACAUUGACAUGUAGAUUGCCUUCAUGUAUUGAACUUGAUCAUGUGAAAGGAAUGAGGGGUAGUGAUUUACUUGUUUUCGACUCCAGCAUAGCCUCUACAGAUGACUUUAUAUAUGGUGGCAGCGUGAAGGACACUACAUGAGCAGUUUAUUUGGAAUUGAUAAAACAAUUUACAAGUUCUUAACCAGAAGUUCUGAACAAUCAUAGUCAUAGAAUAUUUAAACUUGUACUUGCUUUUUUUUGGGGGGGGGGGGGCUUGACAAUUUAUGUGAUUUUGUAUCUUGUAUAUACUGAUUUUCAAAAUGUUUGCAGUUUUAUAUUUACUGUUUUUGUAUGUGAAAGGGGAGAGGUGCUUAUGUUGUCAGUAUUUUUUUUUUUUUUUUUUUGGUUGAAGGAAAUCAUUUGUGUUUACAAGGACUCAAUUUUCAUUGAGUGAAAGGAAUUCUUAUUUGUAAUUUUAUAAGGUUUUGCCCUCUCAGUAACUUGGGCAAUAAAAUAAAUUAAAUUAUCUCAUUUUAUGUUAACAGUUACUCAAUUUCAUGAGCCGAUAUUCAGAUGGAUUUUUCUUUGUAAAUUUAUGGGGCUUUGGAUUGUCUGGAAUAUUUGUUUUAAAUUAUGUUCAUUUUUUAAAAUACUUUUCAAUAAAAGUUGUCAGAUGAGGUUUGGCGCUCUCUGUAAUUUUGAUUUUCUAUUUCAUGUUUACAGUAACUCAGUUUCAUGGGCCAAUAAUAAGAUGGGUUCUUUGUUGAAAAUGUAUUGGGUUUCAUUAUUUGUCUAAUAAAAAUGAAAAAUUUUUGUUUUUGUUUACAGUAACCCAAUUCCAUGUUGUAAGAUGAAUUUAUCACAGAAAAAAAGUUACAUUUCUUUUUUACAUUAGCGAUAUCUCAAUUCCAUCCUGUAAGAUUAACAUAUGUGAGUAAAUUUAUGGGGAUGAGCAUAAACAUGAUAAUUAUUCUGGCAUAAAAACAAUACAAAAUUUCUUCUCGAACUUUUAUUCCAAUAUGCUUUCUUGUACAGACAUGUAUUUUCACUUCAUCAGGUAAUUGUUUGAGUGGCAAAAUAAACUCAGAAACACCUCACAGGCA